UGUCGCUUUCUUAGACAAAUGUCAGGAAAAAUGACCCGGCAGAAAUAUUAGUUGCAUUACAAGACAGGAUGUGCCUGUGUGUUUAAUAUAGUAUUACAAAUACAGAAAAUGAAAAUGUAGUUGUUCAGCCAAGUGAACAGAAUAUAUGUGAGUGAGAAGGGGGACAGGUCAGAUAGGAUGACGACAAGCAUGCACCGGGCAGCUCAGUACGCAGAGUACUUGCUGCAGUGCAGCAGACAGCAUCCUGCUAGCCUUCAGUCAUCACCACCAUCCACCAGCAGCAAAGGGAAGUCACUCCACCAGAAGCUGGUUGACCUUUACAUUGAGGAAUGCAGCAAGCACCCAGAGGUUAAGGAGUUGGACCAUGCCACCCACCUACUUGGCAAGCUGGUGCGGAGAGAUAAGCUGAACUGUUUGGUCCUGAACCUGUACCCUGCCAACGAGGGCUACUCUCUUAUGUUGAAGGCCAGGAAUGGUGUGGAGUCAGAGACCAUCAAACUGCCAUAUGAGGAAUCAGAGCUCUUGGAAUAUGUUGAUGCUGCCCAGCUACCACCGUUCUUAGUCGACCUACUGGAGAAAGCCCAGGUGAAUGUGUUUUACAAUGGUUGCGUUAUCGUGGAAGUGCGAGAUUUCCGCCGCUCUACAACAGGAUCACAUGACACCCAAUAUGUCAUGUUGAAACCAACACCGCAGUCACUUCUGUGUGACAUCAAUGCUUUGACCAACGACGGCAAUCGCUGGACCCAAGAUGACGUCUUCCAGCUGGAGAGUCAGCUGUUGAUGGCAACAGAGGAACCCAUCUGUCUCGACCCCUCCCCCGCAGUGCUUCUCAUCAACAACCGACUUCAGUUUGAACACAAGAAACUCAAUGACCCAAUGCUCAAGAGGUGUGUGAAGAAGUUUACGCAGGCUGCAGUCAACAGGAAGAGGAAGUUAGAGCAGGCUGCCGCACCUCCAGAGCUGAAGCUACAUGACUUCAUACACAAACGGAAGGACAAGAGUCGAGCCAACCCUCCUGUCAACCUCAAAGUUGGAAAAUCAUGUGUCGACAUGUGGAAACAGAGGCCGACACAGUUGUCAGCUCCAGAGUCUGUUAAUGUGGAGGAACUGGCCAAAAUUCAGAAGCAACCAGCUCCUGGGAAUCAUCUGAUUGAAGAGCACACGCUGGAGCGAGACCCUACACAGGAGCGACGUAUGUUGGCAAAGAUAACCAUCUACCAGCAGCCCUGUAACGACUGCUACAUCGGAGAACUCUAUCUGGACUACGACUACUGUAAUGAUAAAAUAGCCGAUGGCCAUUCAUGUCAAUUCACGCUUGGAUCAAAAGAGAGUGUUGAUAAGUAUUUUGAACAGUUCAAGGAGCUGUUCACAGAAGAAGGUCGUCGGUCAGUGAAGAUCACCACACAGCGCCCGAACCAACCAGCCAGUGUGAUGUACACACAGACGACACAGUCUCCCAGUGCUACCAGUAUCACCAUCACUAAUGCUCAAGCUCUCCUCAAGCAUGCUACUAGCAUGGCAGCUACCAUCACCACACAGAAUGAACCAACAGGAAGUGCGGGUCUGGCAGCCAAGCGGAACAUGCCCAUCCAGCUAUCACUGUCUCUGGGCCCGCCGGGGUCAGGGAGCAUCAACGCUGCUGCCAACAUCAUCAGCCCACAGUCAGGUGUUACUGGGACAACCGGAAGUCAGCAGUCGACCAAUCAGGCACCACUUGCUGCCCAGCAGCUGACGCUGUCUCAGACCAACCAGUCACACUCAUCAACUCAAAGAAUCAAGCCGUUCAGUAUAUCACACUCAAGAGUGACCAGUACUCCAAGUCCAGUGUCCACUCCUACUGCAACUACCACUGCACAGCACCAGUUCAUAGCCUCAGCAUCCUCAGUACAGACCACUGGCCAGAAGAUUCCCACCCCUCGGCCACCCCACCCCACCCCUGUCUCACGGACCCCCACCCCACAUCAUCAUGCCUCAAGGCGGACAUCCACCACGGAGUCAGUGACCAUCGGUCAGACAGCACAGAAUCUCCCGCAAGCCACAAACCUCACCACCUACUUACAAGGUCUGACAUCUUCUGGUGCACUGACUGUAACAUCAGCUGGAGAGAGUAGCAAUAUCACCCAGCAGCCUAACCUCCCCACCAACAUCAACAUCACAAACCUUGGGGGACUCCCACAGAAUUUCAACCUUAGUAGUCUGGCUGGUCUCCAAGGCAUGAACAUUGCCAACCUGCAGGGGCUGUCCAACGUUCAGGUGUCACUGACAGGUGUGUCGAUGCCUGGUGGAGGGAUUGCUGUUCCUGUCCCCAUCACAAUGAUCAAUAACAACUCCUCACUGCUCCAGAACCAAGGCAUCCUAGUCAGCUCACUGCCCAACAUGGCCGCCUCAGUGACGUCUGCUCCCACAGACUCGUCAGCAGCGUCAGUUUCACAGUCAUCUAACCAGUCAACAAGUGUGGUCACCUCCCCCCAUUCCUUUGUCACCAUGGUAACGGCUCUGCCCUCUACAACUGCUUCCUCAACUACAGCCACGAGUACAUCUGUGUCAUCUACAGUCGUCAUGUCAACAGGACUGGGUUCAAAUCCCAACACAGUGCUUCCGUCCCAGUCAGCGGGCAUGUUGUCUCUGCCUUUUGGUCUAGCUGGGAAUCUCACUCAGUUGGUGCCCGUUGGGGCAGGGAAGACUACAUCGGCGGGCUCCGGGCUUCACGCCCAGCCUGCUGCUGCCAGUGCUACAACUGCUUCUUUACCUUUGCUGCAGCUUCAGGGACAACAGGGAAUACAGCUGCUAAACCUGCAACAGCAACAUCGCGCGGGGCAGGUGAAACCCGGCCAGUCAUCUGGUGGCCCUACUCAAACCAACGCUAGGGCUGUCACCACCACCGUGCCCAUUUCCACAGUGCUUACGCAAACCCUGACAGGCCAGCACAUGGCAGCACUAUCUACGCUGACAGUGGGUAAACCCGGUCAGACGACGACAACAAGUCUCACUCCGCAACAGUUGAUGCAGUUGACGGGUCAGGCGCACUUGCAGCAGUCCCAGCUCCAGCCGCAGCUCGCCUUCCAGAAGACACAGUCCUCAGCUGCUCAGGGCCAUCUGCAGUUCCACCAGCUGCAGCUGAAACAGCCCACGUCUUCUCCAGCUCCACCAUCCGCCUCACACAGCAAGUCCAAGAGCAAGAAACGUACCACUCCGACGCCGCCCAAACUCUGAGAAUAUAUACUUUAUAUGUUACCCAUCUUCUUCAUAGUCAAUGGGGUUGGGGGUGGGGGUAGCCCAGUGGUUGAAGCAUUUGCUCGUCACACUGAAGACCCAGGUUAAAUUCCCCACAUGGGUACAAUGUGUGAGGCCCAUUUCUUGUGUCCCCACCAUCAACCGAAUCCUUACCUGGUUCACUGUUCAUUUCUACAAAAUCAGACAGGAACACAAGUUAUUUAUGUAUUCAAAGAUGUUCAUUCUUCAUUAUCUUGAGUACUCUGUAAAGAUCCGGUUUGAAUUGGUCUUCAGUAACCCAGGUUUGUUGACUUGGUUAUUGCAUGUCAUCAUGUCCCAAAUGCACACAUCGAUGGUCAUGAUGUUAGUCACUGGAGAGACUGGACCAGUGCUUCAAAAAUUUAAUUCCAGUUGUGUAGAUCGAUGCUCAUGCUGUUCAGGACUGUAUUGUACAGUCCAGAUUCAGUUAUUUACAGACGGAAAUCAUAUAUGAACAUAAAGAAUUUUCUGGAUGUACAUUUAAUGAAUUUAAUGGAUGCACAUUUUAAGAAUUUAUGUUCAUCAAACAGCAUGUUCUAAAAUGCCAAUCCAGCAUCUGUCAUCAUCUAGCUGGAAUAUUGCUGAUUGGGGUGUUCAUCACCAAACAGACCUUGUUCCAGGAUGUGACCUUUGCACUAUGAUCUACGAGCUUGUAGUGCUUAUUGUGUCAUAACUCCCUUACUCAAACCUAAACAAAGACAAUCGUAGCCCAAUGAUCGUGUUGUGGAACAGGGUUGCAGCAGGUAGCAGGUGUUGACUGUACCACACGACCCAGGUAGCUGUUCAAUCCCGGCAUUGUGUAAUCAUACCUGUUGGGCCAGGUACCAGUUUGUACAACUAAUUACUAUGCAGUUAUCAGUGCAGCUCAGGUGUACAGGUACGCCAGGUAUAUAUGCAUAAUGGUGUUGGGACAUCACAGGGUUCAUCGCACCUGCCUGACAAGGUCUAGGCUAAUGGGGAUUGGUUCUCAUCUUCUACAUGCUGAAGUGUGAUCAUGGUGACUCAUGUUGUGUCUCAUCUCCUGUAACAACCUAGCACAGGAUUCAUUGUCAGUACUAGUGUUGGCAAUUGGUUAAAAUCUCAUAAUUGAUGGUUGGUUCAUUACAACCAAUCAAUCAUCGCAAAUAAUUGGUUAGCUUCAUUUAUGAAAUUUGUUAACGCACAAAACAAAUAA